AUGGAAUUGGACGACGAAGUUCUGAGAGAGUUAUAUACCUGGGUUGACGCCAUUCCACUCUCUCGUCCAAAAAAGAAUAUUGCGAGGGAUUUUUCUGAUGGUGUAUUGGUGGCAGAAGUUGUGAAGCAUUUUUUUCCUAAAUAUGUUGAUCUCCACAAUUUUCAAACUUGCAACCGAGUUGAAGCAAAAAGGAAUAAUUGGCUAAUGCUUAACUGGAGGAUUUUCAACAAAUUUAAUUUUAAGCUUUCCGAUGAUGUAAUUGAUGCCUUAAUAAACGCGCGACCCGGGACGAUUGAAAAACUCCUUUUGUUACUACGAUCCAAGAUCAAUAAACAACUGGAAGAAGUUGAUCCCGACACUAUAGAUGAGGAGCAAUUUCUGCACCAAAAGCCCUCGAAGAUGCCUAUCUCACCAGUUAACAUAAAGUUGGCUGGACAGAAUAAUAAUGUUCAAACACUACGAACUGACGAUUUUCGCGAUGCUGCACAAAAGAUCCUAUUGCAAAAGAACACAAAGGCGAGUAGACAGCUAAUUACACCAACAUACAGUUCUUCGAAGCCAACUGUGUCCACAAAAGCUGAUUCGGAUGACAAUCUACGUCUUCUCUAUGAGCAAAAGGUUCAAGAAUGUUUGGCCUUAGAAGAGACCGUUGAAAUUUUAAAUGCGAAAAUAAAACGAAUGGCCCACUUACUGGAGCUCAAGGAUAUUAGAAUCAACGAACUGCAAGCAAACCUAAACUACUAA